CCAGAGCCUGCAGAGGCUUGGUUGGUAGAGAGGUUUGGUUACGAGAUUCCUUGGUAAUGUGUUUCCAUCUAGAAACCUUCCAUUGAGUAUUGGGCAUGAUACUUAUACUGUAUUUUCCGGCUGUGCUCAGAGUAUUACUGUUGUGUACCUAUGCGGCCUUAAGGGGCCGCCUCAGAUACGUACUUUUGUCUGCACAAGUCCACAGGGGGGUGCGAUUCAGAACAAGAGCCCUGGAAAUUGAGGCCAACUGCAAUGGAACUCUAGAGUGCUGUUCGUUUCUUGGGUUGGAUCAACUCAUUUUUGUAGCCUGAAUACUGGCCAAGUAGUUUGCCAUCAAAUACCUUUGUCGACUCUUGUCGCCAUCAUCAGUUUACUGAAGAAGGUGAACUGUAAGACCGAAGAACAAAUCGAGAAGAGGAUUGAACUCGUCGGCGAGUUCUAUGCUUCAGUUACAAUUGCUAUACAGAGCUUAUCUCGUCUAAAUUCUACCAAUUAACAGUGCUGUAGAACUUAACAGCUAGUUGUCUGAGCACCCGUCCGAAGGAGAAGCUCUUGAGCUAUGGC